AUGUUACAAGCGGCGGAGCUAUUAAGUAUAAGUACUACACUACUUGCACUUACGUCUGUAGCUGUGCAGUGUUUGCUUCAGGAUGGUGUUAUUGGAAUUGCUUUUGCGCAAGUCUGGCGUCAAAUUCUCGAGCCAUUACCUUGGACCACGAAUAACAAAGCUAAAGCUCACUUUGUAUUUUGA